GGAGUGCAGUAUUUACGUGUUUUUUGGGAAACAUUUCACGCUAUCCCGUGCAAUGUUUUGUUUGUUUCCCCCCUUGAACACGCGUUGGUGAAAUUAUCGAUCGCUGGCAUCAGCGAACAUGCGAACAACGCACGAGAAAAGGGGCACGGUGGGGACAGCGUGUACCGGGAGGGACCUACAUUUCGGGCGAAAGGCUUCCUCGGCUUCCUCGGCUUCCCCCCCGGAUGGUAACGUCGCGCGCGCGUCGCUCGACGAGAUUUCCGCGACGCGCAUGCAUUCGCAGCGAGUGCGCCGCACGAAGAGAAACGCGUUUCGCGAUUGACGCGCGCCCGAUUUUCACCUGGCCCGGACGCUGCGUACAGAAUGUAAAACACGCGCGCAGACCGAGAGAAAUUUGCAACAACUCGCUAUUGAGUUGUAUGGUUACUGUGCCAAGCAAAACAUUCAAACACGAGAAGAACAAUUAAACUUUUUGUGGAAAAUACGGUUUGAUAACAAACAACAAGAAAAUGGACGCUAAACUUGCGGCAGGUAUCACCACGGAGGGCAGCGGGCUGCUCAACCCUUUCGUGCAUCACUUGGAAUUGGAGACCACAUCAGAAAAAUUAAAGACUGCCUUCCUAACGAUAGUUCUACUUCCAAUCAGAGUACUGAUUAUCUGCGCACUUCUUAUCACAGCAUGGCUCCUCGCCUGCAUCGGUCUUUGGGGCCUGGACGAAGAGGAUUUACAAAAACGACCUCUUGCAGGAUGGCGACGGAAAGUAACGCAAGCGCUGUGCUAUCUGGGCAGGAAGACGUACGCGGCGGGCGGUAUGCAGGUGGUGUUCAAAGGGGCCCAGGCGUCACGAGCCGAAGCACCCAUUCUCGUCAUCGCCCCGCAUUCCACCUUCCUCGACGGCGGCAUCGUCUACUACACCGGCUUUCCUUCCAUUAUCGUUCGUCGCGAAUCCGGAAACAAUCGCUACAUCGGAAAAUUGAUUAACUACACUCAGCCUGUGUACGUUUGGAGGGACGAUCCUGAUUCACGACAAAAUACAAUCAAGGAGAUUAUAAACCGAGCGAAAUCCGAAGAAGAUUGGCCGCAGAUUUUAAUUUUCCCGGAAGGAACAUGCACAAAUCGUUCGUGUUUGAUUACGUUUAAACCAGGUGCGUUUUAUCCUGGCGUGCCAAUACAACCAGUUUGUAUUCGUUACCCGAACAAAUUGGAUACUGUCACGUGGACGUGGGAAGGUCCAAGCGCGUUGAAACUCUUAUGGUUAACAUUGACACAAGUGCACAGCUACUGCGAAAUUGAAUUUUUACCUGUUUACAAUCCCAGUGAAGAAGAAAAGAAAGAUCCAAAGUUAUUUGCUAAUAAUGUCAGAGAUGUAAUGGCCAAAGCGUUGGGUGUACCAGUGUUAGAUUACACUUAUGACGAUUGUAAGUUAAUGGCGAAAGCUAAAGAAAUGAAUCUGCCCAAUCCAAACGAUUUGGUUGAAGUACAACAACUGCGCACACGCCUUGGACUCAACGAGUCGCGCAUUGAAGAGCAGUUGAUUGAAACGCACGCUGCCAAGAAGGGCUUCCAAGCCAUGAACUAUAACAACUUUGUUAACUAUCUCAAUGUGCCGGCGAACAACCCCAAUACGCAACACCUCUUCCAUCUUUAUGAUAAACACUCAGCCGGUGUGAUUGACUUUCGGGAAUAUCUACUCGGCGUCGUUGGUAUCACUCAUCAUCAUAAUUUACUGGAUGUCAUCAAGUAUGGUUUUAAAAUUUAUGAUUCUUCCGGUGUUGGACGAUUAAACAACAUCGAAUUCACCAAAGUUUUGUAUCACACACUUGCGAUGUCCGAGUAUGAAUGUCAUGAACUGUAUUUCUGCAUUGAUAUCGUACAAACGGGAUAUAUCACAUUUCAAAAUUUCUGCGCUUAUGCAGCGCAAAAGCAGAAUUCGUCGCAUCUUUUUAGCUUAUCUACGAGUUUGCUGAAUGGCGGAAAUACCAAACUUCACUAG